AUGCGUCAAAAUAGAAUGAAGAGAAAAUCUCUUGCAGCGGACCGUGAUGAUGAAAAGAAGAAAACAAAGAAAGCAUCAGCUACUUAUCGAGGUAAAUCCUCAAAAAGAUUCAGCUGUGUUAUAUGCUUUGAUUCUGUAUCAAUCUCUAAUAUCUUCACCAUCACUUCAUGCAAGCAUCGCUUUUGUGCUAACUGCAUAUCCAAGUAUGUGAAUAUUCAAAUAAACAAAAAUGCGGUGAAAGUGAGUUGUCCAAAUCCAGAAUGUUCCGUGGAACUGAAACCACAACAUUUGCAAUCCGUUUUACCUAAACAAGUCAUUAUUGAGUGGGAAUCUGCUAUCUAUGAGUCUUCGAUUUCUUUGGAGCAAAAAAUAUACUGUCCUUAUCAGAAUUGUUCUCUUAUGCUCGUGAAUGACGGGGAAGGAGUUGUUACAAGUUGUGAAUGUCCUUCUUGUCAUAGGCUAUUCUGUGCACAAUGUAAGGUUCCAUGGCACGCUGAUAUGAAUUGCCGAGAAUUUCAGAAGUCGAAAACGGGUCGAGAUGAAAAACAGUUGGAUCUGAAAUUUUGGGAGUUGGCUAAAAGAAAGAAAUGGCAGAGAUGUCCCAAAUGUUCUAUGCAUGUUCAAAGAGAUGGUGGAUGUGAACACAUUUCGUGCAGGUGUGGAUGUAACUUUUGCUACAAGUGUGGUAAGGAUUGGAUUCAUGGACAUGCUUGCAAUACACCUAGAUUAUAG